AUGCCGUGGCGCCUAGCGAGGCAGACCGAGACCCCCACGCGGUGGGGCUCGUCGGAGGGCGGUGACCCGGGGGCGGACGGCGGCGCGGAGGCGCGGAGCGUGCGGUGCGAGUGCUGCGGGAUGGCGGAGGAUUGCACGCCCACGUACAUCGGGCGCGUCCGGGAGCGGUUCCAGGGGAAGUGGGUGUGCGGGCUGUGCGCCGCGGCCGUCACGGAGCGGCAGGCGCGGGAGCCCGCGCUGUCCGUGGCCGGCGCCGUGGAGGCGCACGCGGCCAUGUGCGAGCGCUUCAACUCCACCGUCCGCCUCAACCCCAAGCUGUCCCUCGCCAGCUCCAUGCGCGACAUCGCGCGCAAGAGCGGCCAGCACCGGAGGAGGAGCAUGGACGGCGCCGCCGCCACGCCGUCCGCAUGCGGCGGCGACAAGCUGGCCCGCGCAGCCAGCUGCGCGCUGCCCUUCGUGUGA